AUUUUCUCGCUCUCAAACCGUUCGGACGUGUCGCUCUCCGUGCGAGGGUGUGUGAGUGGCGAAUAAAAAUAUCGAGGAAAAAGCUCGCACGUGCGACGCUUGCAAAAAGUAAUAGGAAAUAUAUAUUUUGCGAGAAGGGGGCCCUGCGAGGCGCAAUCCAAAUAAAUAUUCGAUAACGAGUGCGAAAAUAAUUUGCAAGCGCAAAAAGAUUUAUAAAUAGUGCAACAACAACAGCAAUAGCAACAGCAACAGCAACAGCAUCGGCAGCAGCACAAUAAAAGAAUUUGUCAGGCGGCGUUUGUUUUUGUUCUCCCUCUCUCUCCCUCAGUCGCACUCGCUGUCUGCUGUCCGCUCGCCUCUCGCCUUCCGUCUCUGUCUGCCGGCCUUCGUCGCGUGUGUGCGUGUGUCUCCGCGUAUCCGUGAGUGAGUGUGUGCAGCGCAAAGAUAAAAAAGUUGAGAAAUUGAGAUAUACGAAAUGAAAUACAAAAAUUCAACUUAAGAAAUUGCGCCGAAGAGAAAUUAAUUUAUGGCGAAAAUUUAAUAAGUGCAGGGCAUAGGAAAAGUGCGCACAAGUUUUACACCGCCGACAAACGCCGGCCGAUAUAUUUCUAUAAAUACGACUGAAAUAAUAUCGAAAUAUUCUAAACACGCGACAAAAUAAAGCAAGAAAGAAAAUCCUGUGAGUGUGCCUGUGAGUGAGCUGAUAUGCCGUCGGCAAAAUGCUAGAUGUUAGUUAAGCUAGCUGGCAAAUCAAACAAAACCAAUCAACAAAUGUGCCAAAUUGUUAGGUAAAGGAACCGGACAGAUGGGAAAAUUAGCCUAAAACCACUGGUAAUGCAAGUAAUAUGGAUCCCAAUCGUAGUUUGACUUAUAAAUAAUAAAAAAUUGUAUACCAUUGGUAAAACACAAGACAGUCACAUUUUUGCAGGGGAUUCCAAAGGAUCUAUUUUGAUCUUAUCAAAUCAGCUUCAAGAAAAUGUUGCAUCCCUGAAGGAAGCAACAAUUUAUCCAUCAAUCGCUUUGAAAUCAAGAGGGUCACAAUCGAAAACUAGUUAAAAUGGACUACUAGUGCAGACCCAACGAUCAAAGCUUGGUUAUCAAAGUAUCGCCCAAAAUGACCGAAUACGUGACGCCCAUGAUCAGCACCGUCUUGAAGAAAUACCAGACGAGUGCCACCAAAUCGCUCCAGGGUCCAGGACACACCCUAACAUCCGCCGGUGUCCUUGAUAUUGCCACCAAUGGAAGAAGCGACAGUCCUGGCUUGGGCUUGUCGAACGGAAAGUGUCAGGCCUCCUCGCCAGUUGUGGCCCUGAUAAAGAAGGAAAUACUCAGCUCGCCAGAGCCCCAGGAACUCCAUCAUGAGUGCUCCUCGAGGGGCACGCCUCCUCAGAUAUACCCACCCGCCACGCCCCCCCGGGAACUCUCGCAGCCGAUUCUAUCCGUAGCGGAUGCGGGGUGUGGAGAACUCUACGAGACGAAGCUGGAGGGAAAAACCAUAGGAUGCUUUUCCGUGGGCGGAGAAAUGAGACUUUGCCUGCCCCAGUUUCUCAACAAUGUCCUGAACGACUUUUCCCUGGAGCAGAUCAACAGGAUCUUCGAUGAGCUGGGCAUAUACUGCUCGCAGUGCACGCCCGAUCAGCUGGUGGAGUUCAAGGCCGCCAAGAUCCUGCCCUCGGACGUCAAGGCCAGCGGGCUGAUCACCAGAACCGACGCGGAGCGACUUUGUGCGGCUCUGCUCCACCGAUCGGACCGGAAUAGCUACGUCCCGAUCGAGAGCCUGGCCAAGGGGGCGCUGAGCUUCCACGUCUAUCACAAGUGCUUUGGCAAGUGCGAGGGCAUCUGCACCCCCGACAUGUACUCGUACCAGAAGCCGACCUGCAUCCAGUGCCUGGAGUGCGACGGCUGGUUCUCGCCGCAGAAGUUCGUGGGUCAUGUGCACCGGAAGUUCGAGAACCAGACCUGCCACUGGGGCUUCGACUCCCGCAACUGGCACGACUACCUUCAUGUGGCGCUGGACGUCGAGAACCGCGAAAAGUACCAGAUCGUCCUGGACCAGCUGAAGGAGGUGGAGGUCAGGGAGAUGCACAAGCCGCAACGGGAAUUGGAUCACAAGAAAAUAAAGGCGGACAUGCUCAUGGAUGACGGUCUCCUGGGCUCGGGGCAUGUUCUUGGGUUGGCGGGCCAUCCACAUGGCCUGGUGGGCGCCUUGGCCCCGCCCCCGCCACCACCGAUGAAGCAGCCGCAGAUGGACAUUCCCAGUGGCAAGAAGCAGCUGCAGCAGCUCAAGGGGGCGUCGUCGGCCGCCUCCACGUUCGAGUACCACUAUCAGUUCAUGUGCGCGCACCUGGAGAGGGAGCGAGAGCACCUGCCGCACACGCAUCCCCUGAGCCACCAGCAUCGGGCCGUUCUGGUGGCCCACCCACAUGGGCCGCAUCACCACCCACCACCCACGCUGAACACCGCGUCGGCCUUCCGACCUUGGGGACCCACCAACUCCAAGGCCUUCCUGCACGCAUAUAACGCCACGCUGUCUUCGCUACCCUACGCCUGCCAGGAACCACCAGAACUCCAGAAUCCGGAGCGGGUCGUGCGGAGUACGGACAAGAGAUAUGCGGAGAGGACCUACCAACCCAACGUGGCCUUGGCCCCACGGAAGAGUAUUCUGUCCAAGGAGCGGGACAAGGACAGGGAGCGGCUGGAAAGGGAGGCGAUGGUGCGUCAGAGAUUGAGGGAGAAGGAGACGGAUCACCAGGUGGUGCACAUCAAGCAGGAGCGAUCGCAGACACCCCCGCCACCCACGACAUCGCCACCCGAGGUUCUGGCGGCUCCUCUGGACGUCGUGGAACCACUACACACCUCCUCGAGUGGCAGCAACUCCCCGCUACCCGCCCACCUGCCCGCACCACCAGCGACUGGACCACCCAAUGCUGCCGGAGCACCGCCAACACCCACUAACCUCCGAAACAUGCGCAGUCCGGAGGAGUUUUCAGCGGGAGGCAGCAAUGAAAUUACCUCCUCCACGUCACCACACCAUCAGCAGUCGUCGCACCACCAGGUGGUGCAGCAGCCGGCAGGAGCUCAAGCUCCGUCGCAGCACAUCAUAGCCACCGUUAAUCAGCAUGCCAAACUUUUGCCAAGCUCCAGUUCCCUGCCAAACGGCAAUGGAAGUUCAUCGCUGGCAGCCACAAACAACGAACCGAGUCGGAUCAGGAUCAACAAGAACCUGAUGAGCCACCAGCCGGUGGUUGGGGUGAGCGGCAUUGCCCCACAUCACAACCCGCACCACCCAACGCACAUGCAUCACUUCAGCCAUGUGUACUACAAAAGCCAGGCCUCCUCACCCACUCAGUCCUCCAGUGCUGGCCUGAACUUGAGUACCCACUCAUCGAACGUGGUCAGUUCGCCCCAUCAUCCCAACCAUCAGAAGACCCAGCAUAGUUUUGGAGGAUCCGGGAUCCAUAGCCUUAAAAAUGGUAAGACCCAUUUGGGCAGCGAAUUCGAGUUGUCCACGGACACUGAUGAUACGGACAGUCUGAACGGAGAGCCCGACUCGAGUGCCAUGCUACCACCCUGGGAGCAGGCUGUGGAGUCCCUGAGAGAAACUCGACCCAGGGACCGGGAGAGAGUACUCAGCCUACUCCAGAGAUUACUGCAGGAGAACCAUCAAUACCGGUAUAAUAACAUCCAAUUGAGUGAACUGCUCCACAAAAAGGACGUCCAUAUAGCCGACCUUACGGAGCAACUUCAGAGAUAUCGCAGGCAAUACGAGGAGCAGGUCUGCAAAGUAGAUCUUCGAAAGAUGCCAUUCAAGCCGCAAACCACCCGGCUGGAGGAACCGGUGGAAGAGGGUCGGGGAGAUCCCGAGGAGGACGAGGACCUGGAGGAAGAGGAAAUGGAGGACAGGGCUAAUAAUAAUAAUCAACAGGAGCUAUCUCCCCUGAUAAAGCCCCCAACAAAUGGCCUGCGACGGAGUGCCACGCCCCUAAACUGUUGUGUGAGUGAAGGGGAUUUUGAAAAGCUAGAAGAGCCAGAAAGCAAAAGAAUAAAGCUGCAGCCCGAAGAAAAACCUGAGGACCGGCAGGUGGAAGAAGAGGAAAGUCCCUCCAAUAUUUCGGAGCCAAGCGAUCUGGAAAAAAACCAAGAAAAUGGCGAGAAAACCCCCCCAAACAAUAAUCUUAAAAGUCCCCAACCCAGUCAAACAUCCAGCGAUGAGGACAUGGACGAAGAUGAAGAUGAAGACGAGGAGGAUGAGGAGGAAGACGAAGAGGUACAGAUAGAAGCCCCCCACAGUAGUGCUUUGGCCACGCCCCCCACGGCCACAACGCCCCUUUCGCCGGACUCGGCUGCAACUGCCGGACAGUUGUUCGAUAGUAGCAACAGCAGCGAUGAGUCCUCGAUGAAAAAGGCCCAGAUGUCCACCUGUCAUGCACUGGAAAAAAUCAGCAGUCAUGUGGGCAGUGAGGAGAACCAUCAGACGCUCGAAGAAGAAAGUCAGGAGGGGGAGGCGGAGGCAGAUGAGAAUCCAGAGGAAGACGAAUCCGAUGACGAUGAGAUGCCCCUGCAGCAGCGACAGCAGCAGCAGCGCCAGCGGGUGGGCCCUCAGACCGUGCUCAGCGGAUCAGUCCCCGUCGGACACCACCAGGCACCACCACAUGCCCCCAUGGCCACCAAGGCCAGCAAGAAGCAAACGCCACCAGCACCACCCACUGCAGCCACAUCCACCACAGCAUCAGCAACAACGAACUGCGAGUUACAAAUCAAAAAGGAAAUAACCUAGAGAUAAAAUCCCAUAGAUCCUCUCACAGAAGAGCUCUUUCACACACACGUCAAACAGUUUAAACUUAGUUAAGAUCCGUUUUUCUUUUGGAGAAGGUGCAGACAAAAUUCAAGCACAAAGCCUAAUCGCACACAUUGUCUAUUCGCAAACAGAAAAAAAGUAUAUCUAAGCUAAGAAAAAACGGCUUUUGAAUUGCUACAUAUUUUAUUAAAAACAUUUUGAACGUUUAAGUACAUAAAAUCAAAGUUAAAAAUACUUUCAGAAAAUUUUUCAAUUAAUUUAAAAUAACUGGAGAUUUCAGAGACUCACAUAAUUUAUUGUGAGUCUAUAAGCUACUUGCAAUACUUUUGUAGCUUAUAAACUGUGAAAUCGAUAUCGUAUUUAAAAUUUCUGAACUCGAUGUAAACCCAAAAGCAAUUUUUCUUACUUUCUUUGCAUAACGUUUCCCCUUAUCGAAACCUAUUCAAAAUUUUGAUGCAUAUUUCAAAACGAUUUUACACAGCUUGAAUUGAUCUCACUUUAAAAAA